CUGGAAAACCUCAAGAAACAUAGGGUCCUAAUAGAAAGCCCUCGGCCUCUCUCUCUCUCUCUCCUUGGAAUCGGAAGGAGAGAAGAAAGAAGAAGCGGAGAGUUCAUGAUGGCGCUUCCCGAGGAGAACGCGGGCGAGGCGGCGCCUGAUGCGAUGGCGGCGGCAGAGGAAGAGGCGGCCGCGGCGGUCGAAUCGGUCGCAGAGGAGACCUCGGGGAAGACUGGCGGAGACCGACCCAUCUCGACCAUCCUGAUCGUCAUUGCGAUGCAGACGGAGGCACUCCCUUUGGUCGCCAAGUUCGGUCUCGCUGAGGAUGCUGAUGGAUCCGUGUUUCCUAAAGGUGUUCCAUGGGUCAGAUACCAUGGUACCUACAAAGGCCUGCAUAUUGAUCUAGUAUGGCCAGGGAAAGAUACAAUAUUGGGUGUUGAUAGCGUUGGCACAGUAUCGUCAGCUCUUUUGACGUUUGCUUCAAUUCAGGCAUUGAAACCAGAUCUUAUCAUCAAUGCAGGAACCGCUGGUGGCUUUAAAGCAAAAGGAGCAUGCAUUAGGGAUGUCUACCUUCCCUCUCAUGUUGCUUUUCAUGACAGAAGAAUACCUAUACCUGUCUUUGAUUUAUAUGGAAUUGGAUCUAGGCAAACAUUUUCUACUCCGAACCUCCUAAAAGAAGUUAACUUGAAGGUUGGGAGGUUGUCGACUGGCAAUUCCUUAGAUAUGUCUCCUCAGGAUGAAGCAUCAAUUCUGGCAAACGAUGCGACUGUCAAAGACAUGGAGGGAGCAGCAGUGGCAUAUGUUGCAGAUUUAUUAUCAGUCCCAGCUAUCUUUGUCAAAGCUGUGACAGAUAUUGUGGAUGGGGACAAGCCCACUGCAGAAGAGUUCAUGCAAAACUUGAUUGCAGUUACUGCCGCACUUGAUCAUGCUGUUACUGAAGUGGUUGACUUCAUAAAUGGUAAAUCUCUCUAUGAUCUUUGAUGGUUAUCAUCGAGCUAUCUGAGAACUUACCUAUGCGGCAAACUAUGGAACUUAAAUAUUUGUUACUAUACUACUGGUUUAGCCAAGUUUGAGCGACCCAUGGAGUGUUGUUUCAAUAAGGGGACCAUGAUUUUCACAUUCAAUACAAGUUUAUCCGUGUUAUGCAUAGGAGGGGUUCUAUUAAAUCAACAAUUAGCGGUUCAUAUCCUGUAUGAGUAUUAGUACCCUGCAUAAGAUACAAUGUCAUAUGUUGUUGUUCUGCGUAGAAAAUCUUUGGUCAUUGAUGUGCGGGCCAUUUAUUUGAACUACCACUUGUUUUAGCGAAUGCACCAAUGAGAGAAUCUAUCUGGAGUUUGGUUUGGGUUGGUUAUAUC